AUGGGGACCAUUAUAAGAAGAAUUGAAAAAUUUUCAUCACCUCGACCUCAUCCAUAUAGGUGCAUAUCAUUUGAUAUAUAUGAUGUACCUGGUGAUAAUUAUCCAGUUCAAUACAAUUCAAAUCAACCAAUAUCUUUACAAAAUGCUAUUGCAACAGCAUUCGGAAAAUUUAUUGAUAAAUCAUUAGCUGUUAAUCAUUGGCAAUGUGGUUUAGAUUUAGCCUUAAAUACAUGGAAAAAUCAAUUAUUUAGUCGACGUCAAUAUAAAUAA